GGUUAGAUCGAGCGUGAAGCUAGGCUGCAAUUAUUUGCAUCCUGCGUAGAAAGACAGAAAAAGGGUGCGUUCUCGAAGGUGCUAGAAAACUGUGGGUCAUAAUCGCGGGAAGGCACAUUGCAUAUCUACUAGUUUCGGAAUAAUCGAGGAGAGGCGCUAGUUGUCCAUUUCUGGAGCUUUCUGAAAAUCUGCGCCGGCUCAACGACGGAACAUUCGCACGAGUCAUCGCGUAUAUUUGCAAGCAUAAAAGAACGAGUCACAGAAAAUAGGACGGAAAUAUCACUGCUCACAGAUCAAGCGUUAUGGAUCAGGUAUUAGAGUUAAAAGAAAAAGGUAAUUCUGCUUUACAAGGAGGAAGAUUUGACGAGGCUAUCAAAUAUUAUACGGAGGCAAUUGCAUUAGAUGGAAACAAUCAUGUCCUUUAUAGUAACAGAUCAGCGGCAUAUGCCAAUGCAGGAAACUAUGCACAGGCAUUAGAAGAUGCAGAGAUGACUGUAAAAUUGAAACAAGAUUGGGGAAAAGGUUAUUCGCGCAAAGGAAGCGCGCUUGCUUACUUGGGUAGAUUAGAUGCAUCUCUAAAAGCAUACGAAACUGGUCUACAGUUCGAUCCCGACAAUGCUCAGCUUAAAAGUGGCCUGGCUGAAGUCAAGGCUCAGAAACAAGCAGCAGCUAUGAAUCCUUUCAGUAGACCGGAUCUCUUUGUCAAACUUGCUAAUGACCCUAGAACCAAGGGUUACCUACAGGAUCCAGAGUAUUUGAAACUAUUGCAGGAGCUACGGCAGAAGCCACAUCUGCUCCCUAUGAACUUUAACGAUAACAGAGUAAUGACAACUCUUAGCGUAUUACUAGGUGUGGGCAUGGACAUGUAUGAAUCGAUGGACACAGAUUCGCCUCAACCACCAGAACCUCCAAAACCUAAACAAGAACCACCUAAACCUCAGAAAAAAGAAGAGGAUAAUCUUCCACCCGAAAAGAAAGAGGCACUAAACGAAAAACAAUUGGGCAAUGAUAACUACAAAAAGAAGAACUUUGCGGAAGCACUUAGACAUUAUAACAAGGCAGUAGAAUUAGAUCCUACAGAAAUUAUUUACUUAUUAAAUAUAGCAGCAGUAAAUUUUGAACAAAAAGAGUACGAAAAAUGUAUUGCUCAGUGUGAAAAAGCCAUUGAAGUUGGAAGAGAGAAUCGAGCUGAUUUUAAAUUAAUAGCAAAAGCAUUUACUAGAAUUGGUCAUGCGUAUAAAAAGAUGGAGGAUUGGAAACAAGCGAAGGUGUAUUAUGAAAAGUCUAUGUCCGAGCAUAGAACGCCAGAAAUAAAAACUCUUCUCUCUGAUAUUGAUAAAAUCAUUAAGGAGGGGGAGAGAAAAGCGUAUAUCGAUCCGGUAAAAGCGGAAGAAGAAAAGGAGAUUGGGAAUCAAAAGUAUAAAGACGGAGAUUAUCCAGCAGCGAUAAAGCAUUAUACAGAAGCCAUUAAGAGAAAUCCCGACGAUCCGAAAUACUAUAGCAACAGAGCUGCUUGUUACACCAAAUUAGCAGCAUUUGACCUUGGAUUGAAAGAUUGCGAGAAGUGCGUUGAAAUUGAUCCAAAGUUCAUCAAAGGUUGGAUAAGGAAAGGAAAGAUAUUGCAAGGUAUGCAACAGCAAGGAAAAGCGCUCACUGUUUAUCAGAAAGCAUUGGAAUUAGAUCCCUCGAAUAGCGAAGCAUUAGAGGGAUAUCGAUCGUGUGCCGUUUCCGUCAGUUCGAAUCCCGAGGAAGUAAGAAAAAGAGCAAUGGAAGAUCCAGAAGUUCAAAGUAUACUACGCGAUCCUGCUAUGAGACUUAUCUUAGAGCAAAUGCAGAGUGAUCCUAGAGCUUUACAAGAUCACUUAAAGAAUCCGGACAUAGCGGCAAAGUUGCAAAAACUGUUGGAGUCAGGCCUCAUAGCUAUUCAUUGAAGACAAAAAUAUCUGUACUUGUGCAUAGCUCCAUGCAUGACAUUACAUUGUCACCAAGUUCCUUUGGUAUUGAGGAAAUCAUGCUGUUCGUUCUAUUUUUAUGUAUUAGAAGUACGUUAUUUAACCAUACAGGCUGCUUAAUGGCAUAUUCAUUGUACAUCUACGUUCAGAACAGCCUUUUGUCUAAGUUUCGUUAUAUAUACAUGUUAUUUUCGGGCGAAUGCAGUGGCCUUCUUGGUCAUAGACCACUUUUUGCAUUGUAAAUCAUAUUAUAGUAAAUGUUUUAAUAUGUCUUGCAGAGUAUAACUCUGUGGGGAAAAACUUAUUACAUAAUUACAAGCUUUUACAUAACUUUUGCAUAAAAUAAUAUUUCCAACUGUAAAUCAGUAUAUCAUAAAUAACAUAAAUAUCAAUUAUGCGAUAGUAUCUUAAAUUUGUUAUGCGGUCUAGAUUAAACGAAAUUAUUAUCUUAAACCCGAUUCUCCUCGAUAAAUCAAUUUCUGUGCACUAUAGAAAUAUGUAUCUAAGUUUUACUUUU